GCGUAAUCUUGCGUCAAAGCACACUGGGUUUUUUUGUUUUGGUUUGUAGUGUAUGAUAGUCAUGGGAUGCUGCUCAGAAAAAGCGACGUUUUCAAGAAAAUGACAGCAAAUAGCCUUGAGAGAAUUGUUUAAUAUUGUUUGUGCACAUCGUGGGAAUUUCUAAGGCGAGUUUAAUACUUCCAGGCUGACGGUUGGCAGACAUCCUGAGCCAGUUUCAACAGUAUCAGGUGCAACAAGAAGUGGACAGUGACUGGGCCAGGAAUGAAAUACAGAUUCCUGGAAGUUGACCUAUGGAUUCUGAAACUGAGACCCUUCCACUUGAAAAUGCAUCUAUUAUUUCUGAAAGUACAUCGCAAGAGGGUCAUCGGCUCUGGAUUGGUAACAUAGACCCUAAAAUUACAGAGUUCAACUUAAUUAAGCUUCUUGAAAAAUUUGGCAAAGUCAAGCAGUUUGAUUUCCUGUUUCAUAAAUCUGGUCCUCUAGAAGGGCAGCCUAGAGGUUACUGUUUUGUGAAUUUUGAGACAAAAGAGGAAGCUGAACGUGCUAUUCACUGUUUAAAUGGAAAGCUGGCGCUCUCGAAGAAACUUGUGGUGCGAUGGGCACAUGCUCAAGUGAAACGGUUUGAUCAGUAUAAAAAUGAUAAAAUUCUUCCAAUCAGCCUUGAGCCUUCAUCUAGUACGGAGAUCUCCCAGACAACACUGAGUGUUAAUGCGAAAAUAAAAGCCAUCGAGGCCAAGCUAAAAAUGAUGGCAGACAACCCUGAUGCUGACUAUACAGGACCCUCUGCUUAUUCAUACAAUAAACCCACAGAUAAAAAGCGAAGCACUCCUUACAGCCGACAGUCCCGCAAAACUAAACGAUGAUGGUGACAGAAAGACAUUUUACAUUUAGGAGUGUUUUCUGUUAUUUAGGCUGCUGUUACCCUUUUAACCAAAUUAGCUUGAAAGAUGAGUGGUGAGAAACUAAUCAAGUAAUGCCUUACUUUCCAGUGUGGAAUAUUAUCUAAUUCCAGAUAAAUUAUGUUGUGGUAAAAUCCUUUUUUUUCUUUCCAGUAGAUCUUCAUUCUUUAAAAUAUUCAGUAGGAGCUAGGACAAAGGUGUCUGCUGGUACUGACACAGAAUAGUAAAAAUCUAUUUUUAUCUUAGCCAACUGUUUAUGAAGUUUUGAUCAUAUGUAAAAAUUGGGUUUUCUAUGAAAUUUUGUAUUCAGGUUUUUUUAAAUUUUGUUUUGCCUUUAAUGAUAGUAAAGUUACAUUGUAAUUAUUCACACAAGAUGUAAUUUUCUCAAGUACACGUUUUGUCUUCAUUAUAACAUUUUAUAUAAUGUAUGUAAUAUUUAAAAGUCUGUUAUUUUACCUAAAUACUUAAGUAUCAAUUUCUAGUCAGUGCCAUAUGGUCAUACAGUGAGGUUAUGAUUAUUAUUUUGUCAUGUUAUUUAUUUGUUGCCUCCUUCUGUUAGACACCUAAAAGAGCUACAGACAAGGUAUUAACAGUUUUCUGCCACUGUUGUAUGAAAUGUGUGUCAUAUUUGUUAAUGUUUAGUAUUAUAUGUCUAAAUACAUCUCCAACUUUUGUAGAACUUUGACACCUAUAGUCUGAGUGACAUGAGCUACGUUUAAAUCACAAAGAAAACAGUUUUUCCAAAAAACCCAUACACCACAUAAUUUUGUUAUCUAACACUUUAAUACACAUCUACAACCAAUUGCCACAUAAUUCCUCAGCCUGAGUAUUAGAUGAUUAAAGUAAGAUUUUUUUCUAGAGAGUCCUUUACACUGGGCUUCACUACUUAAUUUAUGCAACUUACAGACAUUUCAAAUUACUUUGAAGUUGCAAAACUUCUAAUGCAUUUUUUCCAUUUUCUUUAACUGCAUUUGAGACAAUUUAACUUAAAAUAUAAUUUAAUCAGUUUCUGAAAUGACCUUCUUUUUGUUGGUAAUAAUUACCCAUUAGCCUGUCAGAACGAAUAAAUAUGAAUGCAGGGGAUAUGUUACUAUGGAUCUUCUCAUGUUACACUCCAGUGAUUACUUUGGAUAAAAGGUGAAUCUCCUUAAGUAUAUACUUCUGUAUUUUUCUAUUUUGUAAUAGGUUAUUUGUGGUCACUGACUUGUAUACUUUGCUGCAAAGGUCUGAUUGCUAGACAUAUCAAUACUACUAAAUUAGGUGCUUAUUUUAAGAGUUUAAAUCCCUGGGUCAGUUGCCAUUUCUUCAGCAAAAGAAAAAAAAUAUUCUAAAAUGUUUUGAGAGAUUUAAAGAAGAGGCAGUGACAGUUUCCUACAUGUAUUCUUGUUGGUUUAGCAUUUUUUGUUUGAACAGUAUUUUUCCGUUUCAGAUAAAAUUUAAAUUUAACAGUUAGACCAGGAGUGUAUUUUCCAGUAAGAAGAUUUCAGUUUGUGGAACAGUUUUAUGUGCUCAUUCCAAGAUUAUGAAUUGUCUCUAAAGCACUUGACUCCUGAAGGAGAACAGUUUGCUUAAAAGUAAUGCAGCCAUCACUGUCAAGGCAGUCUGGCAUCCCUAACUUCAAAAACUGAUGCUGCAGUGGCACUGACUAAGGAUGACCAUCAGACAAUCAAGUCCCCUGCUGGUCCACCACAUGCCUCGUUCUGCUAUCCAGUGUAAGCAUAACUGAAUGUCACUUGUUUAUGUCCCUGUACAAAUUGUACUUCUUUACAGCCACUGCUUGCACAGGCUCUAGGAUUUUUACAAUUUAGUAAACAUGUAAGUUGUCUUUAUUUAGCAUGUUGUUACAUUUAAUGUCUACCCUUGCAAAACGUUCUUUAGAUACACUGAAAGAUUUCUUUAAUAUAGUAUUGUGGAAAUAAAUGCACUCUUUGUUAAUGAAAAAUAAACUAUGGGAUGCCUCUCAUAUGUCAUGAAUGUUAACACUAUCUGUAGAAUUACUAAUAUUUUAACUAUGUUUUACUCCUAAACUAAGAAGUUUUUU